AUGGCGCAAACUGUUUAUAUAGCUGUUGUUGGAGAUCACGAAGUUGGAAAAACGCAACUAUUAAACAUGUAUAUUAACGAAAGAUGUGACGAAUCUUACAAUCCAUCAGUUGGAAUAUCAAUGGCCGAAGUAACAGUAGAACCGAACACAAAAACCUUUAACAUGAAAAUUAUAGAAAUAGACACACUCGAAAGCAUCCUUAAUAACAACGAACUUAUGAAUAAAAUCACUGGAUACAUUAUUAUCUUCGACUAUACAAAUCCAGCAACAAUUGACAGCCUUGGUAAGUACAUAUCGUUCUGUGGUGAUAAACACAUUGUAUUUUUUGGCAACAAAAUUGAUCGUUGUCCUGAUUACGAGAAAAUUGAAAGAUAUCUACUCAAAACUUACGAUCGUAUGAAUGUUUUCUCAGGAUCAAUACUAAGAAAUUUAAAUGUCAACGAAGUUUUUGAAUCUUUGUUGAGUUCCUUAGAUGAUUCUCACAAAUUUAGCGCUGUCAAUACAAGCAGGGAAGCAGCAGUUGAAUAUCAAAAGGAAGUACCAAAACAAUCCAAAUGUUGUUUAUUAAUUUAA